UUGUAUAUAUUAUAUAUAUAUAUAUAUACUUACAUACAUAUAUAUAAAUAUAUAUACACGCAUAUACGCAUAAAAAUCCGCAAAGAGACUUAUAUACAACGUAAUACAAAAAAUUUGUCCUCGUGCUCGUCUUCGAUCAACGGACUCGUCGUCCACGUCUUCUUCCCCAUUGUUUAUCGUUGUUGCUGCUGUUUUUGUUGUUGGUUAUUAUUACCGUCAGAAAAUAAUUGAAAAGAAGAAAUAUAUAAAGGAAGGAGAGAGAGAGAGAGAGAGAAAAAAAAAUAAAAAAAAACGAGAAUAGAAUAGAAUAAAAUGGAAUAGAAUAGAAGGUGAAGGAAAAAAAAAAUAUAUAGGCCGUGGUGGUUGGAAACCGUUAAAGCGAGUAAAGUAAACGCGCGCGUACUAUCAUCGUGUGCACGAGGAAGUGGUUGGAGGGGGUUUGGUUGAUCGGUUGCUUGUGGACGACGUGUUGGAGGAGGAAGUGGUAGAAGACACGAGGAGGAAGAGGGGAAAGGUUGAACGGACGAUGUUGCGGAGGUCAGGGAAGGAAACUUUGUUGAACGAUUAAGAUCUUAAGAAGAAACGAAGUUAAGAGCUAAACGAGAAGUAGGCGUAGGUGCUUGAGAAAGGUUAAAGGUGAUAGAAAAAAAAAAGGAAAAAGAAGAAAAGGUGGAAGAGUAGGAGGAGGAAAGUGGAGAAGAAAAAGAGGAAGAAGAAGAAGAAGAAAAAGGGAAUGCUUGAUAAGAAAAAUAGUCUGGCCGAUGGACGAGCUGUGUAGUAGUCGUUGUCGUGGCUGCACGUUGCCGUCUCGAUACGGAGGGACGCUGAGGAAAUGGAGAAAAAGGCGUGAUCGGUAUUUACCGUGAAAGAGAAGGGAGGUGAGAAAGAGAAAGAGAGAGAGAGAGAGAGAGAGAGAUAGAGGAGAGAAAUGAACACAAACGGUAACGUCGGAUCUCAGGAGGGCGGCAAUGGGAACGAUUAUGGUGGUAGUAACGAAGAAACAACCGCCCUUCUGAGUAGGGCACCACCUCCGCCGGUGGUGGUUGCCGCGGCGUCUCAGGGCAAGCCGGUGCUAACGCGACAGAAUAGGGCAACUUUUUUGGUUGCCUCGCCGCAACUGUCAGUGUCUGGACUUGGCGGCUCCGAGGAGAGCGGCACCACCGAAGAUCCGGCUACAAGAUCGGUACCCGAUAUCGAAUUGCAUUGUCGAUUAGACGGUGAAUUUCAGCAACAGCAACAACAGCAGCAACAGCAACAGCAGCAACAGCAGCAACAGCAACAACAACAACAGCUACAACAACAGCAACAAUUACAACAAAUCGUACCACCUACCAUCUAUCGAUCAAGACAAGUGUCUCAUCAGUAUAGUCGUUGCAGAUGCGAUCGAAGGGAUUCUCUUGCUCCUUCCUCGGCCCUUCACCUGGCUCGCAGUGUUUCGAGGGAAAGUGUGAAGAGCGGACAUCAUUGCUGUCCUUGUCAAGCACCACCGCCACCAGUUUUGGUGACAACAUCACCGAGUGCACGGAUAAUACGGCAAAGUUCUCAACCCGAGGCGUCGGCCUGCUGUUGUUCCGGAUGUUGUUGCAACUUGCACGCUGGAAUCGCACCAAGUGCUGCCUCUCUACGGCAACUACGCGAGCCCGGGGAUGGAAUAGCCGGCAUAGCUGCGGAUUCUUUGAGAAUCAAUGGCGGAAUACGACAAUUCCGGCAGUUUCCUUGGUGGUGCAAAUUGUCAUCGGCAUCGAUGGCGACAACGCCUCCACCGCCAACAGCUACGAUGCCCGCUUCCGGUUCUGGUUCCGGUACUCAGGGCGUCGUACUCUGUCCACGUACGCUGUCUCAGGUUCGACGAUCACGACUACGCAGAGCCCUCACCGAGGCUACCGCAGAGACCGUCAGCUACGUCAAGACGUUGCGGAAGCCAGUAUCGACACUCUCGAUUCCGGGAGCGAUGAAGAACAGCGGUGGAAGUGGUGGUGGUGGUGGUGGUGGAGGUGUAGGAAGUGGAGUUGGUAGCAGUGGUGGCGCAGGAGGGGGUAUCGGAGGUACCGGUUGCGGAAGUGCCGGAGCUGCGAAUGCUGGCGAGGAUGCAGGAAUUGCACUCGUUGGUGUCCAUAGCGAGUAUCCGCGUUACGUUGACGAUAGGGUACUAGGAGGAGGUGGCCCUAUGAAGGGACCAUCCGGUAGUAUCGGACCUGGUUCCAAACACAAACCCAACGUCGGUUAUCGUCUCGGAAGGCGGAAGGCACUUUUCGAGAAACGCAAACGCAUCAGCGAUUAUGCACUAGUUAUGGGAAUGUUCGGCAUCAUUGUCAUGGUCAUCGAGAAUGAACUCUCCAGCGCCGGCGUUUACGGGAAGGCCUCGUUUUACUCGACUGCACUGAAAACCUUGAUCUCCGUGUCUACUGUGAUACUGCUUGGCCUCAUAUUUGCUUACCAUGCCUUAGAAGUUCAGUUGUUCAUGAUCGAUAACUGCGCGGACGAUUGGAGGAUCGCGAUGACCUGGCAAAGGAUCUCCCAGAUUUCGGUGGAGUUGUUGAUCUGCGCGAUCCAUCCGAUACCCGGGGAGUAUUAUUUCCUAUGGACGACCAAGUUGGCGAACAAGGGCGGUGAUAUAGGCUCCAAGUGGGUGCCAUAUGACGUAACCCUUUCGCUACCGAUGUUCCUUAGACUCUACCUCAUCUGUCGGGUGAUGUUACUACAUUCGAAGCUUUUCACCGAUGCAUCCUCUCGCAGCAUCGGGGCUUUGAAUCGUAUUAACUUCAACACACGUUUCGUCUUGAAGACCCUGAUGACCAUUUGCCCGGGUACCGUCUUAUUGGUCUUCAUGGUCUCAUUAUGGAUCAUUGCUUCGUGGACGUUACGACAAUGCGAAAGGUUCCACGACGAAGAACAUGCGAAUCUUCUUAAUGCCAUGUGGUUGAUCGCCAUCACGUUUCUCAGCGUUGGUUUCGGUGACAUCGUACCGAACACGUAUUGCGGUCGAGGGAUAGCGGUUUCCACCGGAAUGAUGGGGGCAGGUUGUACGGCUUUGCUCGUCGCUGUUGUUUCCAGGAAACUGGAACUUACAAGGGCGGAGAAGCACGUUCACAACUUCAUGAUGGACACGCAGCUAACAAAAAGGCUGAAAAAUGCCGCAGCAAACGUGUUAAGAGAAACAUGGUUGAUCUAUAAGCACACACGCUUAGUAAAACGCGUCAAUCCUGGCCGUGUUCGAACGCAUCAACGAAAAUUCCUACUGGCGAUAUACGCACUGAGAAAAGUAAAAAUGGAUCAACGGAAGCUAAUGGAUAACGCUAAUACGAUAACGGACAUGGCCAAGACGCAGAACACGGUCUACGAGAUAGUCUCGGAUAUGAGUACGCGACAGGACGGGCUAGAGGAACGGCUCGUGAGCGUGGAGGACCGGUUGCACGCAUACGGCCGCACCGACGGCCCCUACGACCACGACGACGACCACGACGACAACGAUGACGUCGAUGAUGAGCACAACCUCGCAGUCGACCACCAGGCUGACCUCACAAGCCGGCAUGGGUGGACUCGGCAACAGCCAAGGCUCGGAUACGUCCGCGCACAGCUGAGUUUCAUCACUGCAGCCGCAGCAUUCUUACUAAACGGGGAUCCUUCGAGACCACCUCCCUUUCUCUCCCCCCCCCCUCUCUCUCACUCUAUCUCUCUCAUCCUUUCUACCAAACGACGAUCACAUCGCCUUUUUCUCCUAUGGUACUUCUUUUAUGAGAGAGAAAACCGCUACAAUUCCCAAUCCUCCUCCUCCUCCUCCUCCUCUUUCACGAUGGGUCCAAUCCUUUUACCGAUUGACGUUGCCUAUUCGCCUAAAUAAUGCAAAGGACGGAAAUGUUAUUAUCGAUUAAUUGAUUCGGAUCGAUCGAUCGACCAACCGACCUUGCGAGAGACGAGGGUACAAUUAUAUCGGUUCUGUGCGAACCGAGAAAGAGAAGGGAGGAAACUCGAGGCCGGUUUCUUCCAAUCGCUGCUGCGUGCUGCUGUUACCCUGCCCAACUUGCGUGCCUGAAAACUUUUUUCUUAUCGAUUAAAUAUAUAUUCGACAACACGGAAAAGCUCCACCUUAUAUCUCUCUCUAACACCUUGAGUCUAGUACUCGCGGACGGGCACGAUGCUGCGUGUGUGUUAUUAGCUCCAAUGGGAUGUGCUAAAUAUUGCGUUCAAGGAAUCGUAUCCUUUCGAGAUAAACUCGCUCUAUGCUCGACCAAUUCACACAAUUUUUCUCAUUCGUAAUAGGAUCAUUCAUUCAUUUUCUAUCAUUUUUUUUUUCAAAUAUUUUUCAUGAAAUAUUUUUCUUCUAAUUAUUUGAUAAUCCUAAUAAUUAAAUCUACUUUCGAUAAGAUACAACUCAAAUCGAUGCGCAAACUAUUAAAGAAAUAAAAAGAAAAAAAAAAUAUAUAUAUAUAUAUAUAUAUAUAUACGAUUGUACGCAUAACGAGCAACUAAAAAAAAAAAAUGGUAGCCGAUCUUUUUUUAUCUUAUUACCUACAAUUAAAAACUAGAACGAUAUUACAUAACUAUUCAUAUAAUAAACAAACAUUUUAGAAUUCAGAUAAUAAGUGCACACGUAAAGAAAGAAGAUUAUAAUAUUUAUAUAGUUUGCGCAUCUCUCUCGUUGACAAAUACGAAUGCGUGAAAUUGACGUGAUCGAUGUUGGGAGUCGUUCGCGAAAAGAUUGUUGGAAAAAUGAAAAAAGAAAAAGGCAAAACGGGAAUAUCUUUUUGCACCUUUCGUCGCCGCUUGUAUCUUCGAUGUUUAAAAAGAAGUAGAUUAAAAAAAAUGAAGAGAAACUUUUCGUAUUCGGUUCCGACAUCUCGUCAUACUUCGUAUGAAUGAUUCGUACGACGAGAGCCAUUUCGAGUUACUCGAAGGGAUUCCUGGAGAUCGGAGACGAAUCAAAAUACUGUUGAGAGAAAAUAUUUCUACUUCUAGUUCGAUGCUCUCGAUAAAUUUAUUUCCUACUGAAGAAAAAUUCAAAUUUUAGUUUAUGCGUUCGAGAUUGGUUACGAUGGUUACAUAUACAUAAAUGCAUACAUAUGUGUAUAUGUAUAUGUUUGCCGAUGAACUUUUUCUCCUCUCUCUCUCUCU